CAUGAUUUAGCAUUUUAGCCCAUAGGAAGGGAAAAAAAAAAAAAAAGAAUUGAAGUGGUGCACUGGCAGUGCCAGCCUCCAUAGCUCCUUCCUUCGAAGUUCGAACUCGAACUUCCACCAUCUUUGAAGCAAUCCACAGUGAAGCUGUUUAUUAAGCGGCGAUGGUACUUCCUUCUCUCCGUCGCUUAAUUUUCAAAUCUCGUUUCCGACUCGGUCGCCAUGUUUCUUCUUCAUCUUCUUCGGCGAGUGAAGCUUUUGAUCCCCCGCCUGUUGUUCGUACUCGAAGAGUAGUUGUUACUGGCUUAGGAAUGGUGACUCCACUUGGUUGUGGUGUAGAAUCUACUUGGAAGCGUCUAGUAGAAGGGAGAUGUGGGAUUAGGGAGUUAUCCCCAGAAGAUAUCCAAAUGAGUGCUUUUGAUCCAGAAACACGGUUGUACACAUUCGACCAAUUGGCAUCGAAAGUCGCUGCAGUUGUCCCUUGUGGUACAAAGCCUGGUGAAUUUAACGAGGAAUUGUGGCUUAAUUCUAAGGAGCACCGUUCAAUUGCAAGGUUUAUAGGCUAUGCUUUAUGUGCUGCUGAUGAAGCCUUAAAAGAUGCAAAUUGGGUGCCAUCUUUGCAGGAACAGAAGGAAAAGACAGGAGUCUCUAUUGGUGGCGGAAUUGGAAGCAUCAGUGAUGUGUUAGAUGCAGCACAACUAAUUUGUGACAAGAAACUACGUCGCCUUAGUCCAUUUUUUAUCCCGCGGAUAUUAAUCAACAUGGCCUCUGGUCAUGUGAGCAUGAAAUAUGGAUUUCAGGGUCCAAACCAUGCUGCAGUGACAGCUUGUGCAACUGGAGCGCACUCUAUUGGUGAUGCUGUUCGGAUGAUUCAGUUUGGAGACUCUGACGUCAUGGUGGCUGGAGGUACAGAGUCUAGCAUUGAUGCUUUAUCAAUAGCAGGAUUUUGCAGAUCAAGGGCUUUGUGUACAAAGUACAAUUCAGCUCCCCAAGAUGCUUCUCGCCCUUUUGAUUGUGGUCGAGAUGGGUUUGUUAUAGGGGAAGGUUCUGGUGUCAUGGUGCUGGAGGAACUUGACCAUGCCUUAAAACGUGGAGCUAGAAUAUAUGCGGAAGUCCGUGGCUAUGGGACUUCAGGUGAUGCCCAUCACAUUACUCAACCACAUGCCAGCGGAAGAGGUGCAGCCCUAGCCAUGACAUGUGCUCUAAAACAGUCUGGAUUUCAUCCCUGCCAAGUGGAUUACCUAAAUGCACAUGCGACAUCUACACCUUUGGGUGAUGCAGUAGAAGCCACUGCUAUAAAAUCUGUAUUCACUGACCAUGCAUUAUCAGGUGCUUUGGCUUUUUCCUCCACAAAGGGUGCAAUUGGUCAUCUUCUUGGAGCAGCUGGUGCGGUUGAGGCUAUUUUUUCUGUUUUAGCCAUACACACUGGAGUAGCACCACCCUCCCUUAAUCUCAAGGAACCAGAUCCAAUAUUUAACGAGAACUUCAUGCCUUUAACCUCGUCGAGACAGAUGCCGAUUAGAGUUGCUUUAUCGAACUCCUUUGGCUUUGGGGGAACAAACGCGUCCCUACUCUUCGCUUCUGUUGCGUAGAACAGACUGAUUACUCUAUGCCUAUCCUUAUGGAUCUCAUUUGUGGAAGAAGCUGGUAAGUUCUUCAGUCCAAAUUGGAACUUACUGUUGAGAUUCCAUUUUACACAAAUUUUGAUUCAUUGAUUAUUGUUGCGGCUAAGAUGAGAUGAGGGCUGCAUAUCAGCGGUUAUCACAUUAAAAAAAAUAUUGACUAAUCAAUUUUAGGCACCAUUUAAAGAUUGUUUACGUUUACAAAUACAUACCAAUUUUUAAAGUA